GUUCGUGUUGCACAGAGCCGAGUUUGUAAACAAACGUGUGGUUGACAGGUGUGGGUGCUGAUGGGAGGCUAAGAGUUUUCCUGGCACGGCUGUCCUGGCACAGGCAUCAUGGGUGACAAGGACGAUGUCGUCACCCACACACCUAUCGCAGAAGCCGAAUUAAAUCAUCUACGAGGAUUGUCUUUUAGAGACUAUAUCAAGUCAGAACUGCGUCGGGGUUACUUGCUUGAAAAUGAUGAAGAGAGAUACACUGCUCGCAGAGAGAAAGUUUACACUUUCUUUAAGAUUCCUCGGGAGAUUGAGAAGUUUGUUGCCUAUGGGUUCUUCCAGUGUGCUGACUCCUUCUUUUUUGUCUUCACCUUUUUACCAAUAAGAUUUGCCCUCGCCAUAUGGUCCCUCUUGACACGUCCUAUCAGAAAGUUAUUAGGAUUAUACUUCAGCAAAAACAGAAGAAUUCUUAAACCUGCAGAAAUUGUAGACUUGUUGAAAGGAGUAAUGGUAUUAGUAUGUUGCUAUUUGAUGGGCUACAUCGACACUUCUGUCUGCUACCACAUUAUCAAAACACAGUCAACAAUAAAGUUAUACUUGUUCUUCAAUAUGCUGGAGAUUGCAGACAGGCUUAUGUCAGCAUUUGGGCAAGACACACUGGAUGCUCUCUUUUGGACAGCAACAGAACCAAGAGGAAGGAAGAGGGAACAUUUUGGUGUUCUGUUUCAUCUACUGGUUGCAAUUGCAUAUGUUGCUCUGCACUCAACAAUUGUUCUCCUACAAGCCCUCACACUUAAUGUUGCCAUCAACUCUGACAAUAAAGGAUUGUUAACUAUUGUUAUCUCUAACAAUUUUGUCGAGUUGAAGGGAGCAGUAUUCAAGAAAUUUGACCGCAAUAACCUACUUCAGAUAUCAUGCAGUGACGUUCGUGAAAGAUUUCACAACUGUGUUCUUUUGUUAGUUGUGGUGAUACAAACAAUGAAGGAGUAUGCAUGGAAAGAAGAACGCUUCUGGAUUUUGCUUCCAGACUGCCUCUUGGUGUGUGGAACUGAAAUUCUUGUUGAUUGGCUCAAGCAUGCCUUUAUCACCAGGUUUAAUGACAUACCUUCCGAUGCGUACAAGGAUUAUACGGUUCUUUUAGCCUCUGACCUCAUUAUGUGUAAACAGAAAUAUGCUUACUCUGACCACAGUGACCUUGUAGCACGACGUAUGGGCUUCAUUCCUCUUCCACUAGGGGUUGUCAUGUACCGCAUACUGAGCCAGUCCAUCCACCUCAGCAAUCCUGCAUCAUACCUAAUACUACUUUUUGGAUUCUUUUGUCUUUUAUCGUUCAGGGUAUUAAAUGGUAUCAUCAUUUUGGGAAAAGCCUGUAGCAUUAUUCAAAUGGCUGAAAAACGCUGUGAUAAAAAUGAAUCUGCAUCUAAUACUGUGGAUAAAAAUAAAUCCAGCAAAGGUCCUUGUGAUGGUACAGUAACUGGAAAGACUAGUUCAAAAGAAGAGCCUUUGAAAGUAGAAGCAGCCACUAGUCCCAUACGGGGAUGGAGUCUGCCACCUCAGCCCUCAUCACCAUGUCAUAAACUGCCUUUCAGAGCUCAAGUUCUGACACCAGAGCUGACAACUUCUGCAUCAGCUUCUAUUGUUUCAACUCCAUCACCAUCUGCCCCGUCAAGGAGUGGCUCCCUAGAUUUCUUUGGAGAGUCUAAAAGAGGACUUAUGGCUAAUAGCAUGGUCAAUCUCUCAAGUGUAGGAAUUAAUGAGGGACCAUUCACUAGUGAUGCAUCAAGACAGUAUCAGCUGCAACACUCUCUGGAAAGUAUUGUAUCAGCUGACAAUUCAGAUGCAGCAGAUAGCUCUUUAGAACAAUUACCCUCAUCUGAGGAACAAACCCCUGAAAUAUUGCCAACAGCAGGCGACUCAAUUGCUGCAGAUAUGACAGAACGUAUUCAAGCUAUUACUCCAAGUUCGACAUCUUCGGAAAGCACUUUUUUUGAAGCUGAAACACCAUCCGAGGUGAAAAAAUGUAAGAGACGACCAUUUUUGUCAUGUGAUUCCCUAAGAUAUAGAGGAUCUUCAGAUGCAGGGGAUCUCCUAUGAUUUCUUGUUAGGUGCAUUUAAUAUGAUUAGUAUACUGUAUAUAAUAUAUAAAGUAAUGUGCAUUAAAUGCAAAAUGUUGGACUGUAUUAAGUUAAAAUAGUUAAUGUGUCUCAUUUUAAUUAUAAAAGGAAGUGAGAAAAGAUAAUUAUUUUCAAGCCAGUCUAUGAAAACCUGUUAAAGUAAACUUGCAAUUUAUUUUGCAGUAUAUAUUUCUUUCAUCAUUGCUGUGAAUGCCAAUACAAAUAUUUACCCAUAAGCAACUAAUCUCAUUGGUAAUAAAAACGAGUUUAUGUGAAAUACUCACUUGAUUAAGAAUCUAACCAGUUUAGUCAGUUUUAGUCAGUCUCAUUUAUUUAGCCAAUAAAUGAGAUUGACAAUGCCCACAUGCACAUACUGGAGAUAAUUAAGUUAAAUUAAUCUCUUGGUAAUUUCUUAGAAAGUGUGUGCUUGUUCUUAUGUAUACAUGCAUGUCUAUCUUGAGGAUAUUAUAUUCUCAGAAUUUAUGGCAUUAUUGUUAACAUAUAUGAAUGAUAAAAUAUAAAUAUACAGUACAUGUUCAUCCUCAUGCAGUAUAUUUGUUUAUAUUUUAUUCUUAUGAAAAGAGGUAAAAGACAAAAAUUAGCAUCAACUUGAAUAUUAGCAAUGGAGUAAAAUUGUGUGCAGAAUUAAGUACAUCACACUUACAGAGAUGAGAGAAGAGCAGUGUAGAUGUGUGAGUGGGUUGGCAUCACUUCUUGAUCUUGGCCAAACAAUAAUGCAAUGCAUAUGAAUAAUCAAAGUAUUGUAAUGUGGUGAAAGUGUCUUUAUAGAUGGAAUAGAAAAGAGUGUCUUAGCUGGUGUUGUAAAUAGAGAAUAAAACAAUGAAAGGGUUAAG